AUGGAUAAAUUUUUUAUUAAGCAACCACGUUUUAGUAGCGGUCCAUCUGUUAGUUCACAUGUAGCUCCAGAAGCUCAAAGAGAGACAAUUACACCUUCUUCUUCAAAUGUUGAUUGUAUUAUUGGGGUUGGAUUUCUCAAAUGGGAUCUCGGAGAAAGAAAACCCAUCUUUGAAUAUGAUUCUAAUAUUCGAGAUGUUGUGAGGAGACAUUAUAUUUUGAUGGGGCCUUAUCAACCAAAACUUCGUGUAUAUCCUAAAACAACAUUUGGGACUAGGAAUCGACAAUUUAAUCAUGAGUGGUUUAAUGCUCCAAAUUCUGCUUGGUUGGAAUAUAUCAUAGGUGAUGCUGCUAUAUUUUGUUUGUGUUGUUAUCUCUUAAAGAAUGAAUUUGAAAGUCGUGGUAAUGCAGGAAAAUCAUUUACACAAGAUGGUUUUAAGAAUUGGAACCAUGGUCUAGAAAGAAUUCGAUUGCAUGUUGGUGAGGUGAAUAGUAUUCAUAACAAAUGUUUGAAUAGGAUACUUGAUUUUGCGAAUCAACGUCAAUCAAUUCAAUCUUCUCUUCACAAGCGAAGUGAAAAAACAAAAAGUGAUUAUCGAGUUUGUUUAAAUGCCUCAAUCGAUGUGGUAAGGGACUUACUUCAACAACACCAAGUUGAGAAGUUGGAAGAAUUACUUAAAUCUGGAGAAAUUCUUACCGGACAAGGAUUAAAUCAAGAACGUGGCCUCCAACGAUCGGGUGAUACUUGUAGGGGAUCCCAUUUCAAGACCUUGGAAAAUUUCAUGAUUAUAUUUUCUUCAAUUGCUAAUGUGCUUAAAGAUAUGAAAGAAGAUUCUCCACGUGAUCUUGAUAAACUUGCGGCAGAUAACCUUUUAGAUAAAAUUCAAGAAUUUGAAUUUAUCUUUGUGUUGCAUUUGAUGUUCAAGAUGUUGCUUCUUACAAAUGAAUUGAACAAAACUUUACAAAAGAAAUAUCAAGAUAUUAUCAAUGCUAUGGGAUUGCUUAAUCUUUCAAAGAGAAGAUUACAAUCAAUGAGAGAGUGGUUUGGAGUCUUUGAUGGAUGA